GAAUUUGAGACGAUGAACAUAGUUGCGCAAGACUAUUUAUUGCAAGAGCCACGCUUGCUUAAAACAACUGCCGAAUCGCUAUCUGCGUUUAGCGACACUUUUAACGAAGAUCUCGACUUGAUGCAAUUUAACGAAAUGAACAAAACACUCGCCAAACUAGAAAUCGCUUUGAAACACUAUGAUAUCGAGAAUAUUGCGACACCCGUUAUUGAGAGACCGUCAUGCGAUCCUUCUCUGGCAAGAGGAUGGAUGUCAAACGGAUUUUGGAAUGUCUCCUGUAUAGAAUAUGUCAAAAACUUUUCCAAAGUGUACAACAUAAAAUACUCUAGCAAGAAGCAAUUGUUAUCGCUGUAUGAAGCGAUGCAAAGAUUACAGCGCACGGAAUACCGAAAUACGCUGAUCGGGAUUAUUUUGCGCGACGUGAUACCCGCCGUUAAGUCCAACAUUGAUCCCACGAGCGCGGAAUACGCGCGAGCGUACAAGACGAUAUUUGUUCUCUGCCAAGAUUUGAAUCCCGAAGUGCCAGUUUUAGUGAGGACCGACAGCUAAGUCCCACACACUACAUAUUCUUCGUUGCUAUGGUAACCGUUAUACGUGUACAACUUAAUUGAUACUUUUUGCGAAACGGCGCACAGUUGUAUUUUACUACUUGUUAACAUUGCGCUGCGGUAUUAAUAAGCGAGCGAUUUUGUGCCACCAAUUAUUUCUAGUGUGAUAAAUAAAAUUUCGAUAUCAAA